AUGAGGUUGUUCAACGACUACUUUGCCGAUCCUCCCGUGUACCCCGACUAUAUAUUCCGGCGCAGGUUCCGGAUGAAAUGCGACCUGUUUAUGAAGAUAGUUGCAGCUGUUGAAGAGAAGGACCCAUGGUUCGUGCAGCGGAGAAACGCAGCUGGAGAGCUCGGGCUGUCAGCAUUGCAAAAAGUGACUGCGGUAUUUCGUAUGCUAGCAUACGAUGCGCCGGCUGAUUCUCUCGAUGAGUGCCUUCGUCUUGGUGAGAGCACCAUCAUUGAGAGUAUGCGUCGUUUCGUCAAUGCUGUUGUGCAGGCAUUCGGCGAUGAGUACCUUCGUUCUCCUAAUGAGGAGGACAUUGCGAGGUUGCUCGCCAUCAACUCGCGCAGAGGCUUCCCAGGUAUGUUAGGAAGCGUUGAUUGUAUGCAUUGGAGGUGGAAGAACUGCCCUACGGCGUGGGCGGGGUCUUACACGGGGCAUGUUAACGCUCCAACUAUCAUUCUUGAGGCGGUCGCGUCGCAGGACCUGUGGAUCUGGCAUGCAUUUUUUGGCAUGCCUGGUUCGCUAAAUGACAUCAAUGUCCUCCACCGAUCACAUCUCCUCGACGACUUAGCCGCCGAACAGGCACCGAAGGUUAAUUACACAAUCAAUGGUCAGGACUACACCAUGGGUUACUAUCUUGCUGACGGAAUUUACCCGGAAUGGGCCACGUUUGUGAAGCCCAUUCCGGCUCCUGUCGGCCGCAAGCGGCAACACUUUGUCGUGCAACAAGCGGCGGCCCGCAAGGACGUGGAGCGCGCCUUUGGAGUACUCCAGUCGCAGUUUCCUAUUGUUCGCGGGGCAACACGGUUGUGGGACGAGGAAACCUUGUCCGCCAUCAUGACCGCAUGCAUAAUCAUGCACAACAUGAUUAUUGAAGACGAACGCGAAGACGACGAUGUGGACUACGUGUACGAGGGAGCAGGUGAAGACGUGCAGGCUUCUCACGACGUGACGCCACCAUUGAUGGUCUUGAGCCAACGGUACAAUGCAAUUCGAUGCAAGCAGGCACAUGUUAAUCUCCGGGAAGACCUUGUCGAACACCUUUGGUAGUUACACGGAGGCGACGUGUAGCGGCAUGGUACUAAUUGGACCAAACUAUGUUUCUGCAUUCGCUGCCUUGUGCAAUCGGU